AUUUAUUAUUCUUAAGUGCGCGGGCGGUGUUUAUUUGGAAAAAGGUCUAUCGCUGAGGAAGCGGCAUCGGUAUCGACUGUGACGUUGUGACUUUUAAGGAAAUGUAUGUCUUUUGUGGAUAUAUUCUGAGCGUAAUUGCCUUGCCCAUUAUAUUAUCUGCGUCUAUGCAGAGUUGGAAUCCUGUGAUGCCUCCGGUGCCUCGAUAUGGUCCCAAUACAAAGAUGUUAAAAUUGAAGAACAGUCCAGAGUUUAUCGAUUGGUCUGAAGAAUGUGGGACUAAUCUUUGGGAACAUUGUGAACUAUUCGAAGGCGAUAUAAUGCUAUAUAAUGAUAGCCGAAGAAAUGGCUUGCUUAAUGAAAGCUACUAUUGGCCAAAAGCAGUUAUACCUUUCUACAUAGAUAGCAAGGAUUUCGAUGGCAGUGAAAUUGGAACAAUAUUGGGUGCAUUCGAAGAAUAUCAUAAAAAUACUUGUAUACGAUUUCGACCCUAUCAAGAAGGAGAUUCUAAUUUCAUAGUUUUUAAAGGAAACUAUUCUGGAUGUUGGUCUAGCGUUGGAAUGCGGAAAGGUGGACAGGUUUUAAAUCUUAGUACUCCAAAGUGUGUUACACAUGGUAUUGUUAUACAUGAACUUCUUCAUGCAGUUGGGUUCUAUCAUCAACAAAGUGCUACUGAUCGAGACGAAUAUGUUAAAAUUCAGUGGGAGAAUAUUCUCGAAAAGCAUCAACAUAAUUUUAACAAAUACGAUGCUAAUCGUAUUACGGAUUUCGAUGUUGGAUAUGAUUUCGGAAGUAUAAUGCACUAUAGUGAAAAAGCAUUUUCCAAAAAUGGAAACCCUACGAUAGUACCAUUAAGAAGUGGAGUUAAAAUAGGUCAGCGAAAAGGUCUUUCUCCAAAAGAUAUCGAAAAACUGAGCGAAAUGUACGAUGGCGAGUGUGAUGAUGAAUCAUCUGAAGAAAACUUCGAUUUCCUGCAGGAGUUAAUAAAGUUCUUCCAACAAUUUCUAGGAAAAUAAAAAAGUGUUUAUUGCCUACAUUUUACAAUUUCUGGUUUAGAUUUUU